AAACUCAUGAAGAAAUUGCUUUGUGAGAAAGUCUUUGGGUCUCUAAACACUUCGUCAAGUUCUGACAUCAUUUCAAGGGACUACAAUGAUGACAAGAAAUGGCUUGACGAAGUUACAAACUGCAUAGGAAACACCCAAGACAUGAUCGACGAAUUGAACAUCUGUUCAAGGAAGAUUCGUUUGGUCACAAUCGACUUUGCUGGCCUUUGUACUAAUCCUGAUUUUUUGCGUCGUUUUUUCAAGGCUAACAAGAUUGUUGUGGAAUUAGUCGUAGAUUUAGGUCAUAAAGUUGAUAUGAUCAAUCAUCGACAGUUAUUCAAAGAGGUUGAUACCGUAUCAGUGUUCAAUUGC